AUGUGGUGGAUGCUGUUUCCACGCUGGAUCUGGUUCCUGGCGUGCGUGUCACUGUGGAUGGAGACCGAGGUCGGCGUUCUGCCGCAGAUCACCUACUCACACGCGGGGAUCUGCCCCAAUGACAUGAACCCAAACCUGUGGGUGGAUGCAAUGAGCACCUGCACGCGAGAGUGCGAAUCUGAUCAGGAGUGUGAGGCCUUUGAAAAAUGUUGUCAGAAUGUGUGUGGGAAUCGGAGUUGUGUGGCGGCCCGUUAUGUGGAUGGGACCAAAGCCCCAGUGGGAAUGCCUGCAGUCGCCACCUGUGCCAGCUUCAUGUGCACCCAGCAGGGCUCUGAGUGUGACAUCUGGGACGGCCAGCCGGUGUGUAAAUGCAGAGACCGCUGUGAGAGGGAGCCGCACUUCACCUGCGCCUCUGAUGGCAUGACCUACUACAACAAAUGCUACAUGGACGCAGAGGCCUGCUCCAAGGGCAUCACCUUAUCUGUUGUCACCUGUCGCUUCCACCUCACCUGGCCCAACACCAGCCCCUCGCUGCCCCAGGCCACCACCCUCCGCCCCACCACCGCUCCUCUUCAGUCCACUAUCCCACCUCCCACUGAGCCACAGCCACCUGUCGUAGUCAGCAGCCCCGCUCACCAGACUGUGAAUGUGGGUGACACGGCCAGCUUCCUGUGUGAUGUUGCAGGGCGCCCGCGGCCUGAGAUCACCUGGGAGAAGCAGCUGCCAGAGGGCACAGAGAGGGUGGUCAUGAGGCCUAAUCAUGUCCGAGGGAACAUGGUGGUCACAAACAUCGGGCAGCUGGUCAUCUACAACGCCCAGCCACAUGAUUCAGGCGUCUACACCUGCAUGGCUCAGAACCCGUCUGGCACAGUGAAGGCCAGCCAUCCAUUAACAGUGCUGCCCACAGACCCACCCAAGACCCCGGAGCCCAAGAAUGUGACCCGCUGCCUGCCUGAAGAGUGUCUCAAACCUCCUGAAAAUGCAGAGGACUGUGGGAGCGAGCUGGAGAAAGUCAGCUGGUACUACGAGCCGAAGACAAACAACUGCUUCUCCUUCACCCACUGCCAAAGCAACAACAGCCAGCAGCCGGGGAAGGUGUUCGACACAUACGAGGAGUGUAUGCAGUGCUGUGGCCCGGAGCUGUCCGGCCCUUGUGGGCUGCCCAGCCUGCAGGGCUCAUGCAAGGCCUAUGAGCCGCGUUGGGCGUACAGCAGCACCCUUCGCCAGUGUCAGUCCUUCAUCUACGGAGGAUGUGACGGCAACGAAAACAACUUUGAAUCCAAAGAAGCCUGCGAGGAAAUGUGCCCCUACCCCAAAAACCACCACUGCAAAGCCUGCAAGCCCAGAGGCAAGAUGGUGACAAGCUUCUGCCGGAGCGACUUUGUCAUCCUGGGUCGUAUGACUGAGCUAACAGAGGAGAAGGACUCUGGACACGCCCUCGUGACCGUGGAAGAAAUCCUCAAGGAUGAAAAGAUGGGGCUCCGUUUCUUCGGCAAGGAGCCUCUGGAGGUAACCUUCCAGAACAUGGACUGGAACUGCCCGUGCCCGAACAUCACGGGCGCAGCCGCCGAGGGGCAGGUCAUCAUCAUGGGCAACGUGAACGAUGGCAUGGCUGUCCUUCAACCUGAGAGCUACGUGGGCGCCUCCAGCCCUCGCCGCAUACGGAAGCUGCGAGAGGUCAUCUCUAAAAACACGUGUGAUAUUCUCAAAGCGAUCACCAACAGCCCUCAGUAG